ACCCCGAGAACGAUCGAGAGAAUUACGAAAGCAAGGGGGAGAGGAGAGGGGCAGCGGCCGGUUUUAUAAAAUCCCCGAAAAGCCCCCCGCGGCGCCUCUCAUUUACCCUCCGCGCUAACCCCCCCGCAACCACCUUUCGCUUAUCUAUUUUCAUUUUCCAGGCCACGAAAGAACUCGCCAUCUUCUUCCCCAACCCAGCCCGAAAACCAGGAGAGGAGAAGUAGAGAGAGAAAAUAUAGUUGGGUCAGUCCUCGAUAAGUGAUCACCCGGACGCUCGGCGGCGGCGGCGGCGGCGGCGGCUGGGCAGACGACCUCUCCGGAGGGGGGAAAAAGCGCCUUCUCAUGGAGACACAGAGCGCGCGGUGAGAUGCUGGUGAAGAGGCCGCUCGGGAUCGCCAUGCAAUUCCCGCGGUGGAUCGCGGAUCUCGACUGGCGCUUCGUCCUCCUCGUCCUCCCCCCUCUGUCCCUCCUCGUCUUCCUCUCCAUCUCCUCCGCCAACCCCUUCUCCAAUCUCGCCCCCCUCCGUGUCCCCCUGUUCCCCCGCGGCGGCGGCGCCCCGGCGGCGGCCGCGGCGGCUGCUAACGGGAGCGUCCCGCCGGCGGCCGCGGCGCCCCGGACGUGGAAGGAGGAGCUGGAUCGGUCGAGGAUGGCGGUGUGCCUGGUCGGCGGGGCCAGGAGGUUCGAGCUCACGGGGCCGUCGAUCGUGGAGAGGAUUCUCAAGGUCUACCCCAACGCCGAUCUCUUCCUGCACAGCCCCUUCGAUAAGAAUGCGUUCAAGUUCCUACUGCUGAAUAGCGCGCCGCGAAUCGCCACUGUCCGGAUUUUUCACCCGGAGCCGAUGGCGGAAACGGAGGUGGAGCUCCGGGUUCUCACCUCCAGUAACUCGCCCAACGGAAUUCAGGGUUUAUUGCAAUACUUCAACCUAGUGGAAGGAUGCCUCACCAUGAUCAAGUCGCACCAAGCCCAUCACAACUUCACAUACGACUGGAUUGUCCGGACCCGGGUCGACGGCUUCUGGAACGCCCCACUUGACCCUGACAACUUCAUCCCAGGCCACUAUGUGGUCCCGCCAGGCUCCACCUAUGGCGGCCUUAACGACCGCCUUGGCAUCGGUGACCUUUUUACCUCCACCGUUGCUCUCUCCCGUCUCUCCCUUAUUCCCCAACUCAACCAAGUUGGUUUUCACCAACUUAACUCCGAGACCUCCUUCCGUGCCCAGCUCACCACCAAGAACGUCACCCACCUUGCCAAGCGCCUACCCUUCUGCAUUGUCACAGACCGCCAAUAUGGGUUUCCUCCAAGCCGGUUUGGAGUUCCAGUGGCUGCCAUCUCAAGCAAGGGUCCAUUGAGUGGCGCCAAGUGCAGGCCGUGCACGCCUGUGUGCCAUGGUGCGUGCGUGGCAAGGGUGAUGCCGAUGCUUGAUAAAGGGUGGAGCUGGACUCAAUGGGAGAAUGGGACGCUUGAUCUCUGUGACGCACAUGGGGAGUGGGAGACUGGGUGGGAGAAGUUAUUUGAUAGAGUGGCAGGGAAGGCGCUGGCGAAACAGAGGAAGAGAGUUUGGAGUUUGAAGCUGAAGGAUUGUGUGAGUGAGUUCGAGAAGAUGAAGCGGCGAACCGUAAGCUGGCAGGCCCCCGAUGCAGACGAGAUCUGCAAAGUCGGGUUGGGUUACGCAAGAUGAGAGAGGUGAAGCGGAAACUGAGGGCUCCCCAUUUUUUCAGAGGUAGGAGGUAUAAUAUAUAUGUCCUUUUGUAAAUUUUUGAGGAAUUUUCGGUAUAGUUAUUCUGGUUCAAUGCUCCUUUUUUUUUUUUUUUUAAUAUUUUGCUUAGGAUUUUUUGUUUUCUCUUUCGUUAUAGGUUUGUUUUUUGGGGAGAUGAGUUAACGGAUAAAUUGGAACAUGGUAUACAAUAGAAACUUAAAUGACAACUGAGUGCCAUUUUUCCCACAA